GGUUACAGUGAUGUUUUGACUGUUCACUUCCAUCAGCAGCAGCACAGUUAUACAGAGGAAUACUUUUCAUAAGAAGAAGAACCUGUCUUGUGCAACAUAAACUCAUCAGAGCACUGAAUAUUGUUAAAGUAGGUACUACUUCCAGCAGCAGUCUCUGGUGCCAUGGGGAUGAAGGUUUCUUCAUUGAAACUCUACAACUCCUUGGCAACAAGGGCUGUUCUGGGACCAGUAGGACAGAUAAACAAGUGUAUCUCUCCCUGCUCUCAAAGCCAUAGCUCUCUUAGGCAUUAACAUUUCAGACUCACUCAGAAGGUUAAAAAAGACCCUGAAUGAUGUAAAAGUCACACCAUGGAACAGAGAAGAACAGUUCACCUUUUUAAGCUCCAUUUCAAAUGUCACCUGCUAUAGCGAUAUGCUCUCAGGUGAAGUCAGGUUUGGGGAGAGAAGAAAAGUUGUGUUUGAAAGAGAAUGUGCUUCUGAGACGGUUUAUUUCUUGCCAUUUCCUGUGUCAAGUGCCAACGAUUCUAGGAUUUUACAUAAACUCUAGUGUAGGAUUUGAAAUGGAUGUGUAAAAUUCGGUGUAUUAGAACUCUGGAAAUUGCAAGCCCCAGCUAAAAAACAGCUAUAAAAGGCAGUUGGUCAGGUUUGGUGUUCAUACCUUUACAUUUCCACCAUUUACCUGUCUGUUCAUUUUUUCUCUGAUGUCUCAGACCUGAUGCUACUAUUAUGCACAUUAGGAUCAUUGUCACCUUCCACACAGGACAGGUAAAGAAAGAAGGCAAAAGUCCAUGAAAAAGCUACCAUGCCUUUAUAAUUACCUUUAGGAUUACGGCUUGAACAUAGACUUGAAAUAUGUGACUUGGAUUCCCCUAUAGGUCUGGAAGAAAUCUUUAGAGUACAUCCACUCCCGCUGCUGACAGAUGGUAGAGCAGAGAACAGCCACUAUGAAGAUAACAGUAUUUCACCCAUGGGUUUUUCUUACUAUGUAGUAGCAUAAGGUAGCUGUGAAAUCAGUGGUGUUUCAGAACACUUCUUGCAGUACUGAGGUUUCUGGCUGGAGGUAGCCCAAACACACAAUCAGUCUAGAAACUCUCAAUCUCAGCACAGAGGUCACAUAAAAGAAGAAGAUACCUAGCCAGAUGACAGGCAGGUUUAUGUGGGUCACGGCUGUUUCUGCUGUGUGCCAGAGGCCAAGCUUGCUGCUUUUCACCCUGAAAUGGGGAACUACAAAGCUUUAAACCCCUUGGGGAUUUUUGCCCCUCAGCUUGUCAAGAGAGUGGCUGGGCGAGAUACAAAAAGGAACUCCAGAGAGGAAAGACUGAAAAAAAUUUGAAGCUUUAAUAUAUUCCUACUCUCUGACCCCAUUUCUCCUUUUCUGUGCAUCAACCGUUUUAACAAUCUGGCAAAAGAAAACCCUGAAACUAGAAAACCCCUUCCUAACCAGUGUCACAAAAAUCCUUGUAAUUUACUGAGAAACGUUAUGAUGUUUUAAUACCGUAUCACUUCUUCUCUUUUCUUUUUUUUUUUUAAUUUAUUUUCGUUCAGUACCACUUAGUUCUUCAUUGUUUUAAAUAGCUGUUCUGAAAAGACCAGUUUGCAUUUUAAAACAAACAAAAAAAUUAGGAUCUGCUUAUAGAAUUGCGCUUAAUAUGGUAGUGGCUGUUAAACAAGAUUGACGACUAACAACAAUAAAAAUCAGUAAAAUCACUCUUACAUGUAAUCUCUUCACUAUGAAAUAAACCACUGCUACAUCCACGCUAAGCGUAUGUAAACAAAACAGAUGGGGGAUUUCCCGCUGCUGGUUUCUUUCUCCUAAGGAUGGUUAUUUUCAGUUCAUAAACUCUCAGCUGUCAUUCCUGAUUUAUCUUCGCAGCAGAUUCCUGUUGGGGUCACAGGGCUGGGAGCUGGGGCGAUGUGGCACGUCCCCCGCUCGCUGCGCUCUGCCGCCCCUGCCAGCCACAGUGCUCGUAGCUGGGGUUCGUGCUUCCCUCUUAACCCCUUUCUCAUCCCUCCCUCUGUCAGUGCCUGACAUUUUGUGCAUCUCGGUUGCGCUCCAGCACAGUGAGAGCCGUGUGAAGGAGAGGCACGAGCUUAGUUUGUCGGUGAGCAUCCUCCUCUAAUUCGGGGACGGGAGAGAGGGCUACUAGAGAUAACGAAACCCCGCCUGCGUUCAAUCUGCUACCCAAACAAUGGCUUUAUUUAAACAUAUGAAGACAUCGCUGUGUAGAGGUCCUUUAAAAAAUGUUUUAGCCUUUCCCAGCCGUAGAGAGAGCGACCACUUUAUUUGCUGGAAAGGGCUCUUCCCGCCCCUUCCUACUCCUGCCCUGCCUCCGCCCCCCGCCUCCCUUGCCCAUAUAUUAUUACUCUAUGCCACCAACGUUAAAACAGUCCCACCGCGCUCCGUGCCCGCGCCACGGCCGGCGGGCAGCCUUUCCCUGGCCCCGAGCAUCCCGCGGCCGCCGGGCGCUCCCCCGGCGCUGGCCCGGCCGUGCGGAGCUGUCUCUGCUCGGCGGGUGCUGAACCGCGCGGGGCGGCGGCGGCGGCCGGAGCCCUCCCGGCCUCGCCCCGGCGCCCGGAGCGGGGGGAGGCGGCGGAGGGGGCGCCGCGGGGGAUGGGGGGAACCGGAGGCGACCCCGCGCCGCCCGCCUGAGAAGCCCGCGCACAAAGCCGCGCCGCGGCCAUGGAAGAGGAGCUGAAGUGCCCGGUGUGCGGCUCGCUGUUCCGGGAGCCCAUCAUCCUGCCCUGCUCGCACAAUGUCUGCCUGCCCUGCGCCCGCACCAUCGCCGUGCAGACCCCGGAGAGCGAGCAGCACCUGCCGCCCCUGCUCCACUCUCGGGGCCCCGCGCCGCCCGCCGCCGCCGCCGCGCCGGGAGCGGGGCCGGGAGCGGCCGCGGGCUCCGCCGCCUGCCUGGACUCGGAGAGCGCGGCGGGCGGCGGCGGCGGGGACCACGCGGACAAGCUGAGCCUGCACAGCGAGACCGACAGCGGCUACGGCUCCUACACCCCCAGCCUGAAGUCCCCCAAUGGCGUGCGGGUGCUGCCGCUGGUGCCCGCGCCCCCGGGGGCGGCGGCGGCUCCGCGGGGAGCCGGCCCCGCCAGCUCCUCCCUCACCUGCCCGCAGUGCCACCGGAGCGCGUCCCUGGACCAGCGCGGGCUCCGCGGCUUCCAGCGCAACCGGCUGCUGGAGGCCAUCGUGCAGCGCUACCAGCAGGGCCGCGCCGCCGCCGCCGCCGCCGCCAAGUGCCAGCUGUGCGACCGCAGCCCGCCCGAGCCGGCCGCCGUGCUGUGCGAGCAGUGCGAGGUGCUGUACUGCGCCGCAUGCCAGCUCCGCUGCCACCCGGCCCGCGGGCCCUUCGCCAAGCACCGCCUGGCCCCGCCGCCCGCACACCCGGGCGCCCCCGGCGGCGGCGGGGACGGCGGCGGCGGGAAGGGGGCGGGCGGCGGCCGCAAGCUGCCGACGUGCGCCGAGCACGACCUGGAGAACUACAGCAUGUACUGCGUGAGCUGCCGCAGCCCCGUCUGCUACCAGUGCUUGGAGGAGGGCAAGCACAACAAGCACGACGUGAAGGCGCUGGGAGCCAUGUGGAAGCAGCACAAGGCACAGCUGUCUCAGGCUUUAAAUGGUGUUUCAGAUAAAGCAAAGGAAGCUAAAGAAUUUUUGGUUCAGCUGAAAAAUUUAUUGCAGCAGAUCCAGGAGAAUGGGUUGGAUUACGAAGCCUGUCUCGUGGCUCAGUGCGAUGCCUUGGUUGACGCGCUAACACGGCAAAAGGCAAAGCUGCUCACAAAGGUCACCAAGGAGCGUGAGCACAAGCUGAAGGUUGUUUGGGACCAGAUAAAUCACUGUACACUGAAGCUACGUCAGUCAACAGGGCUUAUGGAAUACUGCCUAGAAGUUAUCAAAGAAAAUGAUCCCUCUGGGUUUUUACAGAUUUCAGAUGCUUUAAUCAAGCGUGUUCAGGUAUCUCAGGAACAGUGGGUCAAAGGAGCCUUGGAGCCAAAAGUAUCUGCUGAGUUUGACUUGACUCUGGAUAGUGAACCUUUACUGCAGUCAAUUCACCAGCUGGAUUUUAUUCAGAUGAAAUGUAGGGUUCCUGUUUCAGUGCCACCCGUCCCCUUACUGCAGCUGGAGAAGUGUUGCACCAGGAACAACAGUGUGACAUUGGCCUGGAGGAUGCCGCCUUUGAGCCACAACCCAGUGGAGGGUUAUAUCUUGGAACUUGAUGAUGGAGAUGGUGGCCAAUUCCGAGAAGUAUAUGUUGGCAAGGAGACGCUGUGCACCAUCGACGGCCUUCAUUUCAACAGCACUUACAAUGCCAGAGUCAAAGCUUUCAACUCCUCGGGCGUUGGUCCUUACAGCAAGACAGUCAUUUUACAGACGUCGGAUGUGGCGUGGUUCACCUUUGACCCCUCCUCAGCUCACAGAGACAUAGUGCUGUCAAAUGACAACCAGACUGCCACCUGCAACAGCUAUGAUGACCGGGUGGUUCUGGGCACCGCCGCCUUCUCCAAGGGUGUGCAUUACUGGGAGCUGCACGUGGACCGCUACGACAACCACCCGGACCCAGCCUUCGGCAUUGCCAGGAUUAACGUGGUCAAGGACAUGAUGCUGGGCAAGGAUGACAAGGCCUGGGCCAUGUAUGUGGACAACAACCGCAGCUGGUUCAUGCACUGCAAUUCCCACACCAAUCGGACUGAAGGAGGAGUUUCUAAAGGUGCCACUGUUGGUGUGCUCCUGGAUCUGAACAAGCACAACCUGACCUUUUACAUAAAUGGGCAGCAGCAGGGGCCUCCAGCGUUUGAAAACAUCGAGGGCGUCUUCAUGCCUGCAUUGAGCCUCAAUCGAAACGUCCAGGUGACCCUGCACACAGGACUGGAGGUGCCACAAUCUAUAAAACAGCCCAAGUUGCCCAACAACUAGUGAAGCCCCCGUCUGACACUGUGCUGGAUUCUGUAAGCUUCCUCAGUGUGUUUUGGCACUUUUCAGUAAGUCAGUAAAAAGCAUCCUCUUCCCUGACUUCAAACACUGUGCAGCAUGCUGCUCACCGAAUAAUCAGCUGGUUAGAGCUAGCCCACUCCAUUUUCAACUUAACAGCCAUAGCAAGCACAUCCACUGGACUGGCACUCGACUGCAGAUGGGUACCUGAACAUAUCUGCUCUGCGCUGCAUACAUAUGUACACUCAUGUGCACACACACACACAAACACAUCUGUAAAGCAAAGGGUUAGAUGAGUGUAUUUUCUCUCUUAUGGCUGGAUUUGUGCUUAAAUAUUAGGGAUGCUGGAAAAAAUGGGUGAGACUGAAGGACACUGGAUGUUGGAGCAGUUUACCAGCAGAUGAACUGGAUUCCCUUGCCACCUGAGGUCCUUAAAUAAAGAAAGCAUAUGUUUUGACAGCUGAAGCGGAGGUUAUAUGCUCAAGAAUUCCUGGUUGUCAAUUACAUUCAGGGGCUCAAAUGAUCAUGGAUUAUUCCUUCUGGCUCUAGACUGCAGUAAGCUAUAGGAUAAUGUCCCCUUAGAAUUCAGUGGCAGAACUUAUCUGUAAUGAGAACAAGAUUGACUCUCAAUCGCUGCCAUGAAAUAGCUGGGUUCAUUUUAGCUAACACCAUGAUAUAUGCAGACUUCAGGUACAGAAAGUCAAAAGAAAAACAUCCUUGAUGCAUUUUAGUGUUUGUUAUUUAGGCAUGACUACAGAGACACUUACAGAAUAUCUGAUUGUGGUUAUCAGCACAACUCUUAAAAAACAGUGCAUGGGAGAUUCCUUUGAACUGAAAUAAGAUUUAUUUAAAUAUGGCACAUGCAAAGUCUCCCACAUUGAGAAAUACUGCUUUCCAGCCUUGAUCCUAAUAAAACCUGUGCAGCUGUAGUUCCAAUGUAGCUUUGAGAUCUGAAGCCUUAAUUUUCUAUUAGAUUACUGUGAGCUAAUUAAUGUCUUGAUCCUAAUGAAACACUUGAGAGAGAUUAAUAGCAGUCAUGCAAAACCCAUCCCUAAGAAUUUUUUCUGGGUUGGGACAUAAAUCUUUUGCAAGACUUGACCUGUGCUUGGCAUCUCCCACGAAAACAAGCAGCCAUUUCAGGUGCUGCCUGUGACAACUGGAGUCUGACUGACAGUGAUCUUUUCUCACAGCCAUGGCACUGUCACCUGCAUGCAGUUGUCAGAAAGCCAAACACUGGUUUGCCUGUGUGCUUUGUUUCCUCUGAACCCGGUUAAUUUGUGCCUGUGUGUGUGUAUAGUGGCAGUGCGAGAGGACGAGAUGCAGCAGGCUUGGUGAGCCCAUGACAUCUUAGACUCUUGCCACUCUAACCCUACAGAAGUGUGGUGCUAUCAAACAAAAAAAGCAUAAACUUUCAAAUCCUAUCAAUGUACUAUUUCCUUUUUUAAAAUCCUGCUGCUUAUACAAAUUUUUCUCUUCAAGCAUACGUAUACGCACACACAUAUUCCUAUCAGGCACAUAAUUAUUAAACCUGAAAACAAAUAUUCCAACCAAAAUCCAGCUUACUGCUUUGCAUUAAAGCACAGCCACAGGACGAACAGCCCAGGCCUGUCUUCAGGCAGCCUUCCAGCCCCCAGAUAUCCUGCUGCAGGCUCACUUCUGCUCUCUGUCUGGAGCACAGCACUCAGGUAGUGCUGAAUGAUGGCAAGGCUUUCCUGUGGCAAACAGCCAGAAUCCUCCUGUGGGUCAUCCCACCUCACAGCCAUUGUGGGAAGGGAAAGGCAGCCAGAACAGAACUGGGCUAUUGCACAGACACAAAGCAGUCUGCCAUCCUGCUGCCUGUAGCCAACCAAGCAUCCUGCAGCCCACCUCUCCUGCGGGACAGCAACACACCUUCAGCAAUGUCAAGACUGAAACAGGAAAUAAAACCAACUAUGGAAAUAAAAUAACAUAUGCUUUUAAGUGAAGAAGCAACAGCACUUCCUUUGAAGUCUGAACGGAUUAUGUUAGUAAACUUGUAGACAAUGGAACAACUGUCCUAUGCUUAUCUUGGUUUUGUAAAGAAUAUCAGAGACCAACUGUGUUAUAAUCUUCGGUUUCAUUCAAUACCAUACGAACUCAUGCAAGAUUUUCUAAUUAGCAGGUCUGUUUUCACCUACCUCAGCUAGAACGCUACCAGACCCCAAAUUUCCUCUUGAGUGUGCUCUUCUGUGAACCUACCAGUUGUAAUCACAGUAUUGGCUUUGAGUAUUGCCAGUCAUAGUAGUGUAUGGGAAUAUUGUACAUAAAUUGCACAUAGUUUUUUAUAUGGGGAAACAUCCUGUGAUAAUUUUAAUAUGGAAGGCACUCCACUUUCACUUGUAUUAAAAAUGACAGGGCAUUGUUUGUUUUGGGACAGAACCUUUGUCUUUACUCCCAACUUCUGCAAAGGAAACUCAAAUGAAUUUACAUCUUUCCAAUUUUCAACCAUUGCCAGGUGUUUAAAAUUAGUUCUGAAUGAGUUUUAGAAGUGUUCGCAGUACUCAGUUUUCAUUUUCAUAGUUGCUUUGAUGUCGGUUCCUGGUGUGUUAUAUCUUGAGGAGAACACAUUGAGUGACAUGUUGUUGAUUUCUAAUGAAUAUAUGGACGGUCGGUAGAAACAGUGAGUAGAGAAACUCAGUUUUUACCCUCUAUGCAUUCCAACAUUCACAAAAGUAGGGUAGCUACCAUUAUAGUCUCCUUUUAACUUAGCAGAAAUGCAAAUAAGUUAAAAGGAAUACAAUUAGAAGUAGGCUACUUGCAUUAGUAAGACUACGUUACCCUAGGUAAAAAAAACUAAACAAAGUGUUUGCAUGUGUUGGUUGUGUACACAAUCAAGGACUUACAUUUGGCAUGGCCUGUAGCAAUAAACCCGUUAUCCUCAUAGAGUGCACUCUUGUGACUUCAGCUGGAGACAUUUUCAUAGUUUGAUUAACAGAAAUAAUGCUUAAGUAGUUAAAAUAACUCUAGGAAACUAACAACUCUACACAUUAAUAUUUAUGCAGAGCAUGCAGGGGCCAUCUGAACAUGAGCAGAGCAGAACUUUCCCUUUGCAGAACAGCAUUAGGUGGGGAGAGGUGGGGCACUCCCACUGCUCUGCUCAGACUGGAGGUAGUUUCCUUCUCUGCAGGCAACUUCCCCAAGGUCCAUCUCAUUACAAACCCAGCAGUUAGCAUGUUCUUCAUCUGUAGUAUCUCUUAUGCCAGUUUUUGUUUCCUCCAAAUCCUUUCUUUAGGAGGGAGUCAGCCUUUAGUCCCUGCAGAAACUGCGUUGCUGACUGUUCAGGGAGAACCCAGAGAGCAGAAGAGUGGAAUAGAUACCCAAGGGGACCACUUUGUGCGCUCUUUUUCCUUUUGUUCCCUCAGAGUAUUUCUGAAGCUCUCUGGAGCUCCAAGCUGACCCAAAGCUGCCUGUCAUGGGACUCUUCAGCUCUUAGAGGGCAGGUUGCUUCUUAUAAGCAGGAGACCAAAGCCUCUUGCACUGGGAUAAAUCCCAUCCACUAUGAUACAGAGCCCAAACCAGGUAGCUGUAAAUUGACUUAACAUUUAAAAAAUCCCACCAAAGCAGAAACAGGCCUUCCCUUAAUUAGCAAAACAAAGCUUGACUUUUGCGCACACCAGUAUGGAACCUCUGAACAGCUGCAAAAUAAAUACCGCAGUCAAACUUUCUGUCCUGCAGAGCAACAAAGGAAUCUCAGUUUUCACCUACCCCUGGGAGCCCCAACCUUUGCCUUUUGUAAGGCUUCUUCCUGGCUCUUUCCUCUGCAAAUUUCUGUUUAGUUCAGGAGCACUGUCGGACUUCCCAAGGCAUGCAAAGCUAUACAAAUUCCACUUCCUCCUUUUCCCUCAUCAACUUGAAAAGAGCUCACAAGAUCUGUAAGACUUAAUGUCAAUAUAAGCACACAUGUAGCUGACAAUCCCUUGCUCCUUCUGCUGUGGAAAGGUAUGUGCUGUAAAAUAAAUCUCAGUGAGGACAGUAACAUACUGUGAUGUAUUGCAAAUUUGGAAAGCAAUUUGACUUAUAAAAAUACAGAAAAGAUGGGCAAACAGCACUGUCACCUCCUAUACUUGCCUAUGCACUUAAGAUACAUAGAGAAAAAUAUAUUGGACUGAACAAAAUAAAGAAAAUAAGCAUGAGCUUACAUUUAUCAGAGCUUAAGAGGAAAAAGUAUUAAAUGUAAUUUAUUGUAUGCAUAACAUUCCAUCAUGUUGUAAAUAAUGCCAUGAUAGUGUAUUGCUGUAGUUUGUUCUUGGCUGGUGAUGGAGUUCUGUGGUAGUGCUGUGUAAGUUGUUUUUUAUUUUAUUUUUUUUCCCCUCAAAGCAUAGUUAGUAAAGAUGGCAGAGACCACCCCACACUUUGGUUUCCCAGUUGUUCUAGAGCAAGAAAAAAUGUGAGAUGCAGCUUUUUUUGUUGUUGUUUUCUUACAUGACAAUAUUUUUUAAGGUAAGAGAGAUAAGAUUAAGGCUAAGCUGCCACCACCACUGUAUAAAAAACACUGUGUUUGCAACUGCCAGCAGGAGGCAGUGCAUUUAUGGACCACAAUUCAGAUCAUCCGUCCCCGUGAAAAAUUCUUGGGACGCAAAAUUCCACAACCUGGGAACAGCAGCUUUCUGGUGCCAUCUAGUAUGUCCUUUGGUCACAAACAGGAAGAUGAGGAAGGAGAGUUGUUAGACCUUAUCUCAGGCUUUACCAGCUUUGCAGCAUUCUGCUUUAAGUAGCAAAACUAAGAAGUCAGUUUUGUACCAGGAAAGGUAAUAUGAAAACACCAAGCAUCUUGGCUAGAUCAACUUUGGAAGGGAGAUUACAGUUACAGAUCAACCACAUUGCAAAUGUAAAGGGAAUUUGUCACUGAAAAUUACCAGGCAAAGAUGGAGAGUCCUUUUAUUUUUGUUUUUUUUUUUAGGGAAAAAAAAGUGAGCUAAUUCUAGUUUUUACUGACAACAUUUCUGGUGGUUCCUCUGCCCAGCUCUACUGAAUGCUGCACACACACAGCCAGGUGGAGCAGCAGCCUGAAGCACAAAUCCAUCAUUAAUAAGACACACUUGGUCUUCUCAGGUGCAGAAAGAAGCCCGUAUGCAAAUCUCAGAGACUAGAUGUGUGGGGCUCCUGCAUCAUUGCACAAUACAGGAGACAGACGUGUGUUUCACUGACAGAGGCACUCAGCAGCAUUUCCCCCUUCUGUUAAAUGACCUUUCUGUUACAUUUGUUAAUGCAAACAGUUCCCAGCAGAAUUCAUUAAAAAUGUACUUUUUUGCUAAUUGGAGAAUUUGUAACAUUUUCUUGUGAAUCAGUAGAUAGAAAUAUUUCUGGAUCCUGAUUGCAUUCCUUUAUCCUCCACCUCCCUUAAAUGUUGUCAAUAAAAACACUAACCUUCCUAGGUAGCAUGGUGAGAAGACAUUAUGUGAUGAAUAUUAAAAAUAAAUGCAUGAGGUAAACCUGCUCUUAUUUCUGAUUGUUAUAUGAAGCAUGAGUAACACUAAUUUAAAUGUUGGCAACUAAAAUACUGCAAAGGAAUAAGAAAAUGGUGUUCAAUUCCGGUUAAAUGGAAGACAAGAAGUUGUUUCUAAGUUUUCUUAACUACAAGAUUUAUUUUCUUUACUAUCAUUUCCCAUAGCUUAUAUGAAUUUGGAGCUGGUGAAAUAUACAUCUCUGCUAUAUGUGUCUGUCACCAGAUCAAGAGGAAAAUACAAACUUUUUAUAAUUUUGUACCUGUAGCAAAUGUUUGUAUUUUUUGAAUUAGAAACAAACUGCUUUUUGUCUUUUGGUCCAACUAAAACUUUGUGUAUUAUUACUAUUAUUACCCUUUUGGAAAACCUGACAUAUAAGUUUAUGCUGUUUUACAGUUUAUAAAUAAAUUCUUAUAACAUUGCCAACAAAUCCAGCAUCAGUACCCUAUUUAUUAUUACAAAUUAUGAUUAUGUAGAUGAGACAUUCAUACAGUUUGCAUGCCUAUCUCCUACUGUUGAUACUGCUUUUUUACUUACAGUCAAGAAUAAUCUAGUAAAUGGAGAAAUCCAAGAGUGUCCUUCCUCAGAGCAACCAUCUGUACCUCAACUUCAGACAUAUCCCAAUUCAGUGGCAUGGAGCACCUCUCUUUGUCAGCACCACUCUGCUAGCUCUGGCUCAUGUUGGUUAUAAACACCUGGGAAAGCUGCGACCCACACUUUAGGAAAUCACCCAGUCUCCUGAAGGUUCUAACACUGGAAUAAGCAGAGGCUGGAAAGAGCCAUAGCAUCAGCAGGUUCUCACUGGAAAGCCCUUUGGGUAAGUGUAGAAGACUGGGCAGAAAGCUUGUCAGGGCAGGGACUUUGUGAAAUGAAAUGACCCAUAGUCUUGGAGCUACACACCUCUGUCAAGCAGAUGGCCUGUGAGGGACUCACCAGCACUUCAGAGGCAGCACACCCCGCCCCUGCAAAAAGGCACUCACACAACCUCCACAGAUGUCUGUCAUUAAGGCAGAAUAAAGCAUUCUGACACAGAGACAGCAGUGCCAGGGUAAGAAACAGGAACCCAGCCAAAAGAGUCAGGAGAAAGUACAGGCAACAGUGUGGAGAUAUCAUCAAUCACAGCCUUUUUUUCUCCUGUGAAAAACACAACUUGUCAUCAACUCUUAUGGCGAAGGGUUUGACUGGGAAAAAAAGAUAAUCACAUGUGGCUUAACACAUAGGGAAACGGAGAAUAAAGAUAACUGCAACAGGAAAAGGCAUGAGAAAGAGAACAGAUAAGGAGAAAUCCUCAAGUUGCUCCUUUACACCUCAGUCCUCUGUGCACCUGCAGACAGAGGGCAAAAUAAGAUGCGCCCUGCUCUCCUCUUCCCAUAAUCAGUGUUAUUCAGUCAAUAGUGGCUUUCAUGUAUCAGUGCGUGCUCCAAAACCAACACAGCUUGCUGUUGGUACGUCUGCAUGCUCUGUUCAUCACCAACACACACCAGCCCAGAGAAACACUAGGUGCAACAGGUUCUCAACACUCCUUUGCCAAUGUUGUUGAUGCAUCCAGUAACAAAACAGGACUGAAAGUACCAUGUUUACCUGAGCACAGCAUUCCAAAAGAAGUGUAGCAUGCCCAGCUCAAAACACCUUGGAGACGUGAUAUGAAAAAGCAAACCUAUCUCCAUGUAACAGAAGCCUUCCAUGAGGCAUACACACGUUAAGUGUGAAAAUGCAAAACUUUGAAUAAACUUUUCGUUUCCUUCCCCCAAAAACUUUCACAUUCCACUCUCAACCUGGCAUUUCAGUUUUCAACUUUUUACUUUAAGAACUGAUUUUUUCCAACUUUUUACAGAUCUUACAAGCUCGACUGCAAAAGUCACACUCCAUUCUGACUAAGUUUCACUCCCAAAUAGCUUCUGGGAGCUGUGGAGGUGGAAAGUGAACAUUUUAACUUACCAAAGCUGAUGGAGAACAUUAAGUCCCACAUUAUAUGCCAAGUAAGAUGAACAAAACUUUAUCAAGAAGUGAGCAGUAAAAACUAAGCUUAAGGAUUAACCACGAAUUGUAAAAUACAGGUUAUCUUACAACAUCCAAAGCAACAUCUGUUGCCUCAACAAGUCUUGAUGCUCUGUACUAAAUUCUUAGUGGUUACACCUUCACACGCCAUCGUGAUUUGAAAUUUCUCUAAUGUCAAAUAAGUCAUUAAGUUUGUAACCAGACAGGAAUCUUAAUUCUAGUUUGAAUCUGCAACUAAUACUGAGUAAGAAAUCAAAUUAUGCAAUUGCGAAAUGUGAUAACAGCAUUUAGCAACCGAACUCUGCACACCCCUUCUCUUCCUACAUGGCUCCAGAAACACUCGCUUCUGCUUGUUCUCUGGCACUUGAUCCCACCAAGCCCUCUCCCUCCUCUUGGUCCUCUUUGUGCUGGCAGAGCCCUUCUCCAGGACAUGCAAGUAAGGUGGAAGGUAUGGGGGAAGCAGCGUGCCAGAAAGCAUCCCUGUCCACAGCGUGGCUCUCCCUAU